CCGCCCCGCUGCGGUGCUCGGCGGGACUCGUAGUCCUGGUUGGGCGCCGCGGCGGCCGCACGUGUGCUCGCAGCCGGGCCGGGGCCGGGCUCGCCGCCGCCAUGCCCAAGGCGCGGGCCGGGAAGCGGCCGCGGAGGGAGCGCCCCGAGGGGAAGGCGCCCGGGAUCCUCUUCAACACCGGCGCCGGGCAGCACAUCCUGAAGAACCCGCUCGUCGUCAACAGCAUCAUCGAGAAGGCUGCCUUACGACGUACAGAUGUCAUUCUGGAAGUCGGCCCUGGAACUGGCAACCUGACAGUAAAAAUGCUAGAGAAAGUAAAAAAAGUUAUUGCCUGUGAAAUUGACCCUAGACUUGUGGGUGAACUUCAGAAGAGAGUCCAGGGCACGUGUCUGGCAAACAAACUCGAAAUCAAGGUUGGAGAUGUCUUGAAAACAGAGUUACCGUUCUUUGAUGCAUGUGUAGCUAACUUACCUUACCAGAUUUCCUCACCAUUUGUUUUCAAGUUGUUACUUCAUAGACCUUUUUUCAGGUGUGCAAUACUUAUGUUUCAAAGGGAAUUUGCACUUCGUUUGGUUGCAAAACCAGGAACUAAGCUAUACUGCAGACUUUCUAUUAAUACCCAGUUAUUAGCUCGAGUGGACCAUCUGAUGAAGGUUGGAAAGAACAACUUCAGGCCUCCCCCCAAAGUGGAAUCCAGCGUUGUCAGAAUAGAGCCAAAGAACCCACCACCACCUAUCAACUUUCAGGAAUGGGAUGGUCUGGUAAGGAUAGCUUUUGUUAGGAAAAACAAGACACUCUCUGCAGCCUUUAAGUCAAGUGCUGUAGAGCAGUUGUUGGAUCAUAACUACCGAAUUCAUUGUUCCUUACAUAAUAGAGAAAUACCUGAAAACUUCAAAAUUGCAGAGAAAAUACAGACGGUUCUGAAAGAUACAGGUUUCUCUGAAAAACGAGCUCGUUCAAUGGAUAUAGAUGACUUCAUUAGACUGUUGCAUGGCUUCAAUUCAGAAGGCAUUCAUUUCUCAUAGAUUCUACCAGAAGAGUGAAAGAUCUUUAUUUUCUUAUCUAAGCCUUGCUGAAGCGGCAGUGACUGCAAUGAGACAAGCUCUUCUCACAAAAGCAACAGAAUACAGAGUGCACACUGGUUCUUAUUAAGAACAUUACAAUUUUAUCACAGGUAAUGAAGAGGCAAGAAGCUGCAGCUCUGUAUUUUAAAAGCGUUAAAUUCUUUCAGGACUGAAGUGAGAUGCUGGACUUCCACGCAACAGAGUAUGUUUAGAUUUACUGGGUGACAUGCAGAGUGAUGCUGCCGUAACUGAGAUCUCUGUUCUCUGCUCAUGAACUUGAUCUCAGUAUAUUCUUGUAAUACUUACAGUAUAACUCGUCUGUUUAGCAACAAAAAUGGAUUUGUAGUCAUUCCACUUGGUUUUUGUUUCCUUUAAAAUAUAUUUAAACAAAUCCUUUUGAUUUGGGAUGUCCAUUUCUUCCUUUUGUCUGGUAGCUACUAGCAUUCCAAGUCUGUUAGUAACCUACUUCUAUUCAAGAAAUCCCAGUAAGUGUUUUUCAGAAAUGAGCAUUUAUCUUACGGGCAUGGUGUCAGUUGUUGGAAGUAUCACUGAGGGACCUAAAAUUACCAGUGUCAUCUCCUUUACCACCUCCUUACUGCCAUCAGACACCGGUUGGAAUCAGCAGAAAAUUACUAACUGGCCAGUGGUCCUAAACACAGGCAGAAGGUGGUUAUAGCAGGUGUUCAACUGUGAAGUCAGGCAGCUAUUUUUUGUCAGAAAAUUUUGUCAUUUAAGGCCAAGAGGAGGAUUAAGAUAGAUCAAAGCUUUCAGUGAACCUCAAAGCAAUACAUUCAUGUGUCCUGACUUACUGAAGUGUCUUAAUAUAGUUUGGAUUAUGUAUUUGUUACUAAGGACAAGGCAGAGUUUUUUCCCAAGGAAGUUCGCGUUAACUCUACAUAGCAACCAUCAAAAGAAAAUUCCACUUUGAUCUCUCGUACAAUUCAGGAAAACAGUAACCAUUAACUCUGUAGCAUGAAGCAAGUGAUGGCAUAGCUAUGUAUUAACUACCAUAAGGCUGGAUAUCAGGACUGGAUAUCAGAGGGUGGUCGGACACGGAGACAGGCUUCCCAG